CAGGUGGACGAUGGACAGUGAGAUGGACAGUGAGACGGACAGGUGGACGAUGGACAGUGAGACGGACAGGUGGACGAUGGACAGUGAGAUGGACAGGUGGACGAUGGACAGUGAGACGGACAGGUGGACGAUGGACAGUGAGACGGACAGGUGGACGAUGGACAGGUGGAUGAUGGACAGUGAGAUGGACAGGUGGACGAUGGACAGUGAGAUGGAGAGGUGGACGAUGGACAGUGAGAUGGACAGGUGGACGAUGGACAGUGAGACGGACAGGUGGACGAUGGACAGUGAGAUGGAGAGGUGGACGAUGGACAGUGAGACGGACAGGUGGACGAUGGACAGUGAGACGGACAGGUGGACGAUGGACAGUGAGACGGACAGGUGGACGAUGGACAGUGAGAUGGACAGGUGGAUGAUGGACAGUGAGAUGGACAGGUGGACGAUGGACAGUGAGACGGACAGGUGGACGAUGGACAGGUGGAUGAUGGACAGUGAGAUGGACAGGUGGACGAUGGACAGGUGGAUGAUGGACAGUGAGAUGGACAGGUGGACGAUGGACAGUGAGAUGGAGAGGUGGACGAUGGACAGUGAGAUGGACAGGUGGACGAUGGACAGUGAGACGGACAGGUGGACGAUGGACAGUGAGAUGGAGAGGUGGACGAUGGACAGUGAGAUGGACAGGUGGACGAUGGACAGUGAGACGGACAGGUGGACGAUGGACAGUGAGAUGGAGAGGUGGACGAUGGACAGUGAGACGGACAGGUGGACGAUGGACAGUGAGAUGGACAGGUGGACGAUGGACAGUGAGAUGGACAGGUGGACGAUGGACAGUGAGACGGACAGGUGGACGAUGGACAGUGAGAUGGAGAGGUGGACGAUGGACAGUGAGAUGGACAGGUGGACGAUGGACAGUGAGACGGACAGGUGGACGAUGGACAGUGAGAUGGACAGGUGGACGAUGGACAGUGAGACGGACAGGUGGACGAUGGACAGUGAGAUGGACAGGUGGAUGAUGGACAGUGAGAUGGACAGGUGGACGAUGGACAGUGAGACGGACAGGUGGACGAUGGACAGUGAGACGGACAGGUGGACGAUGGACAGGUGGAUGAUGGACAGUGAGAUGGACAGGUGGACGAUGGACAGUGAGAUGGAGAGGUGGACGAUGGACAGUGAGAUGGACAGGUGGACGAUGGACAGUGAGAUGGACAGGUGGAUGAUGGACAGUGAGAUGGACAGGUGGACGAUGGACAGUGAGAUGGAGAGGUGGACGAUGGACAGUGAGAUGGACAGGUGGACGAUGGACAGUGAGAUGGAGAGGUGGACGAUGGACAGUGAGAUGGACAGGUGGACGAUGGACAGUGAGAUGGACAGGUGGACACUGCGCCGUCUGACUUCUGGAGAAAACUUUGAUUUCUUCAACACCGUCUUGGUUUUAGUCAGAGACCCUUUCUUGUUUCAGAGACCCUUUCAUCUCCAUGGGAACCAUUGGGCUCCGAAACACCGGGAGGGCCUAGCCCCGCCUUCAAAGCGCAGCUCCACCCCCACUCAGCUCCUUCAGACUAGCCAGCAGCAAUUAGCAAACAGCUGCUGAGCUCCUUGCUAAAAACGUUAAAGAGCUAAAGGGGAGCCAUGUUGGGACGACUUUCUUCAGGCGGAGCUUCAGAGAGAGCAGGAGCUUCUUAAAGACACAGAGACCCAAUUUCAAUUAGUUAAAACUAGAAGUCACGUUUCUUUAAAGUCAUAUUAUAUUUAGCAUUUUUACAACUGAAAGUAACAUUGUUACAAAACGGCAGUAAGGGCCUUAACAUCCAUGAUAUCGCCCUUUUAAUGAUUUAAAGACAGUUUAAAUCAACAUAUUAUAUUAUUGAUUAAUAAAUGUUAGGUGGUUCUGCCUGCCAUGUUUUUGAGGCUUAAUAUCCUGAAACUCACAUCAUUAUCAUGAGAUUUUUGUCAUUUUGCUUAUUAAAUAUGAGAAUGGUUAUUUUUAAAUGUUGAACUGCUUCACAAUAUUUGUCUGUUUUGCAGCAGUUUUGACUAUCAGGCUGACUUCCUGUUUCCUGUUGCUGCCGAUCUCCUGACCUAGCUGUGUUUCAGAAACACUCACUUCCCGUUUGGUUUAAAUUCAAAAAGAAGAAAAGCUGAUUAUGCACCAGGUUAAUUUAUCUCAGCUGACUGACAGGACAGGUUCAUGGAAGUGUAAUAAAUGAAGGUGAUCUUUGAC